UAGUGCGGUACGCCUAUCUCUGGCUUCACACUGAACGACUCUCUCUGGAGGUUGGCUCGCGGUGCACAGGAGCCCUAUAGUGCAAGGACUCGCUAUGGAUCAGAGUCACGGAACAACCAUCAAUGCUCCUGCACCCUUCAACAAGCAAAGCGCGGAUGUCAUUCUGCGCUCGUCAGAUAACGUGGACUUUCGCGUUCAUACCACAAUUAUGAGCGUCGCUUCACCUUUCUUCGAGACAAUGUUCGCCAUGCCACAACCGGAGGAACCUGCGGGCAGUGACGUACAUCCAGAAGCAGGCCUCCCACUCAUUCACAUGGAAGAAGACAGCGAGACGCUUGGGCGCUUGCUCCGCUUCUGCUACCCUGUCGAGGAUCCCGAUCUAGACAAAGUAGCGGAUCUGGGUCCUGUGUUAAAAGCUGCAGUCAAGUAUCAGAUGGAGGACCUGUUACCGAGGCUGAAGAAGAAACUCACAGUCAUCGCGCGCCGAGAUCCCCUCCGAGCAUACGUGCUCGCCUGCUCUCUCCGUCUUGAGCAGGAGGCAAGAGCAGCUGCGAUUGCGUAUCGCGAGACUUCGUCUCUCCAGAUUGACAGCUACGUUCCAGAGAUGGAUGAACUGACCACGGGAGAAUACUAUCGCCUCCUCCAGUUCUAUACACAGAGUGUAGAUGUCGCAUCUGCUCAUUUCUGCGUUACUCAUCAAACCACAUUGGAUGCUUCAUUGAGCUCCUCCGCUGUCGAGCAAGGUUGUCUCGUGGCGUACUUCCGGGAUCCGAAUGCAGAUGUCGUCCUACGCUCCUUAGAUGGGAUGGACUUCUAUGUUCACUUACCGAUACUCACUCUUGCCUCCCCCGUCAUUUCGAGAAUGCUUGAUCCCCUCCACCGUCCAAGCCGUCAAACUAUCUCUCUACCUGAAUCGACUGGAAUUCUGGCUAAACUGCUACAACUCUGUUACCCAGUUCCAGAACCCGAAUUUACGGAUUGGGAUGAACUAAUUGGAGUAUUGCAGUCCGCCAUCAAGUACGAUAUGAGGAGGGCUGUAGGAUGUUUGAAGAAAGAAUUGCUGAAGCGGAUCCCGGACAGCGGUCUUCCAGCCUACUUCACCGCCAUGCGUUUCGGUUGGGAGACGGAAGCUCAAGAAGCCGCACGCUACGCUCUAACCGAAGAUCGGGAUCAAUAUAUGACUCUAAUGGAAACCGUCAGCGCAGCGGUAUAUCGCCGCUUCCUGUUAUAUCGCAAGCAGUGCCGCGACACAGCUGCGCAAGUCUGGUCGUCCAUUGCCGGGAAUCUCUCUCCAGGCGACCGAGGCUCGAUCAAGCUGCCGCCCUACUGGAGCGAAACCGUGGAUCCAAUUCUGUCAAUUUCUACCAACGGAGGUACUUCUGUCAUUCUUCGCCUGGCAGACCUCUUUGGGGCCAAUAUGAUGGGUUCUCCAAAGCCCUCGUAUGACGUGCCAAACCAAACAUUGUUGCUAGCUGCCUUCAUUGAGAUUUUCGACCGAGAAGAUUACGGCGUUGAUGACUUCCAAGCUUUGCUGAGAAACAGUUGCAAGUUCGAACAAAUACUUCGUGUCGUAUACUCCCAGGUGGGUCACUGGUAGCGCUGUUCAUAAUUGCCUCUCUGAUUAGUCGGCCGUCGGCGUCAACAGAUUCGUCUUUGACUAUGCUCGAUACUUAUAUCUGACGGCCGUAACUUGUUAUACAUAAAUGUAGUGUGGUGUGGGAUAGACAUUGCACGACUAAAGGGAUGCUAGCAGCGGUGUAGGAUAUGCAUCACGCAUUAUCGCCGGACUAGUUAUAGGCAUAUAUAGAUAGUGCGUAGAUAGGCUGCAAGAGACUGGAUGC